CAGGGCAUAUCGAAAAAGGCGGGAAAACUCACUUCCCGAACCUUCCAGAAGCCUCCAGAAGGGCGUCCCCCCGACCUCUCCCCCCUGCGCAGAUGGCUGCGCCGGCGUCGGCGGCGGGCAGCGAGACCCCGAAGCAGCUCCUCUCCAUCAUCCGCGACUUCGCCUCCGAGAAGUCCCACGGGGAGCGCAGGGUGUGCGACCUCAAGCGCCGCCUCGCCGACGUGCGCGCCGCGGCCGACGCGGCAGCGGCGGAGCUCGACGCCGCCAAGCGCGAGCGCGAGGCGGCGGAGCAGGAGCUCCGCGGGAGCCAGGCUCAGGCCGCGAUCGCCGCCGCGACCAUCCAGGCGCUAGAGGCGACGGUCUCGCGUCUCCAGGAGGAGAUCUCGAAGGCGGGGACUGAUCUGGACGCGAUCAAGUUCGAAUUGGAAUUGGCGGGGAUGUGCUCUCGGUGCUUGAUGAAUUUCCUCCAAAAGAGCAAGGAAGACAGUGAGAGGGACGAUUUCAUCAGCCAGAUGCAUGACAUGAACGCUAAGAUAAGGCAAUUUCAACAGAUGGUCUCUCUAGAAUUAGCAGAAUACAAUCAGUCUGAUCUGCAGUCUACAGAAGGUCAACAUGUCGGGGACAUGACUGAAACUGUGGAGUCAGAAGGCAUUUUGAAAAAUUUGACUGAUAAGGUGAGCAGGAUUGAUGCUGAGGUGCAGCUCUUGGAAGGAGCGUAUAAAAAAGAUCUGCUUGAUCAUGAUAAGGUCCGUCAGGAGCUGGCCGAUAUCCAAGCAAAUAGAGCUCUUAUGGAGGCUGUGAUGGGAGAGAGUAAGCAGCUGAAGGAGAUUGGAGGGCGGGCAGCUGAACUGGCGAAGGUGCACGCUUCACUUGUAGAGGAGCUGCAGCGCCGGUACACGAGCCCUGGCUGCGGAAUCAACAACAUGCCCGGGUUGGAGGAGGGCGCGGACUAGCGAAGGCGUUGGUCGCUGUGCUGUACAUACCCAUGUUUGGCAGAUGGGUGAAAUAGGGCUGCGGCUGCGGGUUUCCUAAAAGCUUGCGAACGAGAGGCAUAGAUCGUACAGUAGGACCCUUUGAUCAGCUGGUUAUACGAUCACAGAAAACUGGGAGUCCGGGAGUAUUUUUAAUUUUAGCAAACCGGGACCCUUUGAUCAGGGUGCUAGUUAAGUAAGAUUAAGAAACUUAAUCUUACUUCCUUCGU